AUGUUGAGAACUGAGCCUGUGCCAUGUUUGCGAUGUCGUACUGCUGGUGGAUCACCUCCUGGAUCUGUUCCACUAUCUCUUCAUAAAGUAUCUUCUAUUAAUCGCUCUUGUGCUGGAACAAAUGCUCCAGGAAGCCGUGGAGACUCAUCACUCGAAUUGGAAGCAAUAGCUGCUGUUAAUGAGUUCAGCUAUGCAGUUCAGUCCAUUAGCGUUUCUGAGAUGUUACCCAGAACUCCAGAUCUUAUUUUUGUGAACGUGACGACGCUCGAAGUUCAACCCUACUGUCUGGAACUCACAUUAAAAGGUUGGAGAAUAGCUUCUCUAAGGACAGAUUGCAUGAUUGGUGACUUUACACGUUUGGAAAUGUUCACCAAGUAUUAUGACUCCUUAUAUACACUUAUGGAUGAUAUAUCGCCUGGGUAUCGUGAGCGAUUCGGAGAAACAUUGGCACGUCGUCUGCAACAACUUGAGGAUGAUGAUUCCAUUAAUAACUCGCCAUCAUUGAGUUCAAGUCAGAAUUCUCUGUCAUCAACUGAUUCUCUUCCAAUCAUAACUCCAGCCAGUACUCCAGCAGUUGAAAGAGAAAGGCCGAUCUGGUCAUAG